AUGGUGACCUCACGACUCGGAGGUCGAUGGGUUCCCAUGAUCCUCGUGGGGAAUAAGUGCGACCUGGAGGUGGAGCGGGUGGUGGCCAAGGAGUCGGGCAUCGGCCUCUCCCGCCAGUGGAACUCCUGCGCCUUCCUGGAGACCUCGGCCAAGAGCAAGAUCAACGUGAACGAGAUCUUCUAUGACCUUGUGCGACAGAUCAACAGGAAGAGUCCAGUUCAAGGGAAAACUCGCAAAAAGUCCAACUGCCAACUUCUCUAAUAACAGUUUCCCGCCAACCUGACCGCCAACCAACCAAUCACAGGGCAUCUUCCAGCUGGCCACCCCCCCACCCACCCCUUAACUCAACCCACGUCACCAUCAACGUCAGCCACCUCUGACCCCUGUUGCCGUGACGACUACACCUCCCAUCCCUGUUCACCUCGCAGUCCAAAAAGACUGCUGCCUUGGAAACACGAAACCAAACUCCAAAAGACUGCAGCCGGCCAUGAUGAUGAUGAUGAUGAUGAAGAUAAUGGAAUGGAGGGGGUUGUCCAAACAACUGCCCGUUUCCCAUCAUGCUCUCUGCUAGGCCACUUUGCUGCUGGAGAGCGGCCUCUUGCCUUUACUUUGACCUGUUCAUUUUACUAGUUAUUUUCCAACUGGCUCCGGUUGAACCUGUGGAUCCAUUCAGUGAUUAUUAUUUGUAUUAUUAUUAUUAUUAUUAUGAUUCUGUGUGGGGAAAAAAAUAUAAAAGUCAUUUAAUGUUAAUGUUUUUAAUUUUGCGGGGUCCGGGGGGGUUAGCGGGUGCAGCAGGUCACAUGGUCAGUUCGCCGCGCGGCGCUAACUUCAGUUAGCUGACAGCUUGGCAAUAUCUAGAGAAAAUGCUAACUCUCCAAAUGUGCUUAUGGCCACGCCACAGCUGUAACUACGAGUACAACGCUUACGUAGCUUGGGGCGCCCUGGUUAGCAUAGCAGCUAGCAUUAAUCUAAGAAUAUCAGCGUUUUGUGGGGUGUGAGUAUUUUAAAUGCAUUCCUCAGCAGGACAGAAUGCUAGCUAUGCUAACUAUGUAGAGGUAUGUUCAGAAAGAAAGCCAAGUUUGUCAAUAUGGAAAAGCUAACAAAAGCUAAACAUGCCGCUUGUAAACAGCGAUGCGUUUCCAAAUAUUACUUUAGCAUGGCAACAGCCAAUGCCACUCGUUAGCGUAGCAGCACCGUGAGCUGCCUCCAGAUCUGCUUAGGCCGGACAUGUUGCCUUUAGACAGCCGACUCCUGUCCGUCCUGUGUGUGUCUUCUGUCGGGCAGCAACAGGUUUCGUUUCUGUGAUUAUAAAUCAUACUCACUAUGACCUGAAUAUUAAUGUUGUUACCUCAUCUGAGAGGGAAGCGCUGACCUCUCCUGUGUCCUCCUUCUAGUGUAAUACUCAAUGCUACCACCUUAGCAUACACUGGUCGGAGCGGUAGCAGCUCACAGCUAACACGCAAAAGUGUUGCGUCAAAGUAAAAUCUCAGUGUUGGUAGCGCGGCCAUUGAAAGGGCCCGAGAGAGACCGUAGGAUGUUGGCUUAAAGCUGAAGCCCCGCCCCCCAUAUAUUUGGGGGUGUGGCCUGUGAAGCAUCAGCCACAAAAAAAGAAGCCUUUUGCUUACCCGUCUUUGUGUGAAACGUGAGACCCCGUGAGUACUGCUCCGCACAGUUUUGUACUACCGGGAGUACUGCGUACGGUGCGGCACUGCCGUCAGUAUUGCGGUUCUCCCGCAGUACGUUCAGUCAUGUAGCAUGUUGAUGUUUCUGUCAGUACUCAGUCUGACCUCCGGGAGGCGCUGCGACUGGUUGCAUGCCCAGCAGGUCGAAGGGUCUGCUCGCAGCUGUGACGAAUCGUCGCAAAUAGAAAAACUGGUUUCAUGCUAACACGCUAGCAUGCUAACAAAUAGGCAGGCCGGUAUUGUGGUGACACUUUUAGGUGAGCUCAAUGACUCCGAGAUGUCCCGCCUUUUCUCAGCCAAUCAAAUCAGCGCCUGCGACCUCUUCGGCUUCCUGCGUCCGUACCUGCGGCGCAUUCGUCAGUCCGUUGUGACUUCUGUGGCAGUGAUGAUUGACAGCUCAGGCUAAACUUGUGUGUCUGUAUGUCUGCAGAUCAGAAGGCCUCAGUUGUCAGACAUUUUUUCAGAAUGGUACACUUUGUGAGAGUCUGACCUCGAAGACGUUCACGGUGUUGAGAUUGUGUGAGAGAGGUUUAAACUUUCUCGCUUCACCUUUUUCCUCAAACGAAUUGUCCGAAGGAUCUCGAUUGUUCUCUCGAGGUUGUCACUCUGGUUUCUGCAUACAGACGUCUCAACGUCUGACAAACGGUAUGGCGUAUUUUUUCACUUUUUUACAGCGGGGCUAGCAGGUUCCCUCUGGUUCCAUUCUUUGUGCUAAGCUAGGCUAAAUGCACCCUGGACCUAUUAAGAGAUUUAAGCUGUUCCCAUUUUAUUGUCUGUAAAACGAUCAGAAGUCUCACUGGAGGGCCGAAUGCGACCGCAGCAGAGAUGCAAACUGAGUCAUUUAAAGAAGAAAUGAUUUUAUAUUAUUGAAAUAAAUCCGCUUCGGUUUCUCUGUAUGGCAUGAUGACCAGUGAAAUGUAAAAGAAACCAGUUCAGCCAGUGCAAACACCUGAUUGAAUGAAUUUGUUUCCAGCCUGCUGAAUUGUCUCAGAGUUCUAACUGGUCGGCAAAAUUGGUCUGAACUGGUUUCUUCCAGUACAGAAAGCCACGGCUGGUGGUGGUGGGGGGGAGCCAAAUGUAAACUAAAAACUAAAACGCCUUAAAUGAAUAAAAGUGGUGCGAUUUUGUAACAGCAA